UCAAACACAAAAUCGAGAUAAUAGAAGGGAGUGUUCCUCCAAAGGGCUGCGUCUACCGUAUGGGACAAGGCGAGUUGGAGGAGUUGAGGAGGCAAAUUGAUGACAUGAUCGAUCGUGGAUGGAUUAGGCCUAGUGAGUAUGAGUUCGGUGCACCUGUCUUGUUCGUGCCGAAGAAAGGAGGCAAACUCCGGACGUGUAUUGACUAUCGUGGCCUCAAUCGGAUCACCAGAAAGAAUGCUUAUCCUUUGCCUCGCAUAGAUGAUCUGCUAGAUGCGGCAGGUGGAUGCAAAGUCUUCUCCAAGAUCGACCUCAAAUCUGGCUACCACCAGAUUGAAGUUGAUCCGAGCGACCAACACAAAAUUGCAUUCAAAACACGCGAUGGGCUGUACGAAUUCAUCGUUAUGCACUUCGGUCUUACGAAUGCACCAGCCACGUUUCAGUGCCUCAUGGACAAGGUCCUCCGCGAUCAGCUUAACAGGUUUGUUGUUGUUUACCUCGAUGACAACCUGAUUUUCAGCAAGUCCAUGGAAGAGCACGUCAAGCACCUUGAGGAGGUUUUGCAGGUCCUCAAGGAGGCACAACUGCACCUCAACUUAGAGAAAUCUGAGUUUGGAAGGGACAACGUCAUCUAUCUUGGGCACCGGUUGUCUGCAAACGGCCUUGAGCCGGAGGCAACCAAGGUUGAGGUCAUACGAAACUGGCCUCAAUCGGCAAACGUACGGGAACUGCGUUCUUUUCUUGGUUUGGCCUCAUGUUAUCGGAAGAUUCUUUCCAAUAACAACCUGAGCGGGAAUGUUUCAGCAUUUAACGAUUUUCAGGACCUUAGAUACCUUGACCUACGUGGGAACUUCUUUCGAGUGAUGAAUUUUGAGGAGUCUAUGCCAAACCUGACACAUCUAAAUAUCGCACGCAACGAGCUGACACAUGUUACCCUUGAUAAACUCACUGGACUGCAAGAGCUUAGCCUGAUGAAGAACGACCUCAGUGGCAACUUCAGCAGUGUGUUUCAGAAAAGGAAUUUGAGGAAGCUGGAUAUCAGGCUUAACUCUUUUUCUGGAGUAGUUCCAGAGGACAUGCUGAACAUGACCUGGUUCAAACCUGGAAAUUGUAAGCUGCAAGGUGAACGAAAGGCAGACAACAAAGAGGCUCCAUUUGAGGAAGUUCCGGAAGGGGAGGAUCCUUGCCGUUCCAAUAAUCGUUUGAAACUGGCGUUAGGAGCGGCAGCUGGAGUUAUUGGGGCACUGCUCCUGGGGUGUGCUGCAUUUGCAGUUUUCUAUUUCCUGGUUAAUGAAAAGCCGCGUGGCAAGGAUUCGUCUUCCCUACCCAGGUCCAAUUCGUCACAUGAGGGGACAGGUUUCUUGAGGAGGCAAAAGCUUCAUGAUGUUGGUUUUCCAAGAGAAUUUGACAUACGAGAGGUAGAAGCAGCAACAGAGACUGCGACAACGACACUUCUGGGGAAAGGUGCAUUCGGAGAUGUCUUUGAGGCAACAUUGGAUGGAUCAAGGGUGGUUAUAAAGUUUCGUGCAAAGGGUACAACCUCGUUACUGCCAGAGUUUCAACGGGAUGUCAAAAAGCUUGGAUCUUAUAAUCACAAAAAUCUUGUGAGGGUGUUGGGCUACUGUGAUGACAAGGAGUAUCAGGCUCUUGUCAUUGAAUGGAUGCCGAACGGCUCACUUGAGUAUUACUUGUAUGGUAGCCGUACCGAGUCACCUCUGGAUUGGCGAACAAGAUUGAAAGUAUUGGCUGGUGCAGCCUCUGGGAUCGAGUUCCUCCACGGCGGCGAUUACCGUCAAAUUUGUUACUCUGUCUCGCCUUUGAUCCAUUGCGACAUCAAAUCUUCGAACAUCCUCCUUGGCGACCAGUUUGAAGCAAAGGUAGCCGAUUUUGGUUAUUUCAAGCCCAAGCUGUUCGGCGACAAGUUCCAUUCUGAUCUGAGGUACUUUCAAGGGUAUUUGGAUCCGGAGUACUUGUCGAAUGACCAGAAGAACGAGCUGGACAAGAAGAGCGAUGUAUUCAGCUUUGGGGUUGUAAUUUUGGAGACAGUCACCGGAAGGCCACCGAUUGACACGUUUGGUGGCCACGAACCAAUGACAAUUGCACAUUGGGUAAGGAACCGGAAGAAUGAUGGGAAUCUAAAAGAUAUUGUCGACCCAAGAUUACCAGAGGGUUCAUAUUUGAUCGAUGUUGUGAAAAAUGUGGUGGAGGUGGCCCUGGAGUGUCUAAAUGCGAGCUCAAGUGUGCGGCCGACAAUCAAAAGCGUGCGACGCAGUUUGGAGGAAGCGUACAAAACGGAAUCGAGGGCGGGGAAUUCUAUGAGCUUGGAAUUGCCAAGUGUAGAAACGCAACCUUCCGGCCAUAUAUCCCGGUAGAAGUGCAUUGGCGAGACGAGUCGAGUCAGCGUCAACAACUGCAGCUUGCGGUACAUGCUGGUGGUGGUACAAUCCCAGGAGAUAUCAAUGAUUAGCCUUUCUUUUUGUCCCUUUACUUGGGUGCAACGGAGCAUUGUCAGUAUAGCUUAGUGGAACUGUGUGUACCAGGAGAACAAGUUUCUGAAGGCUUGUAAAAGAUCGGGAGAGUGAGUUGGAAGAACGGAUUCUCCAAGCAACCUUCCGGCCAUAUAUCCCGGUAGAAGUGCAUUGGCGAGACGAGUCGAGUCAGCGUCCACAACUGCAGCUUGCGGUACAUGCUGGUGGUGGUACAAUCCCAGGAGAUAUCAAUGAUUAGCCUUUCUUUUUGUCCCUUUACUUGGGUGCAACGGAGCAUUGUCAGUAUAGCUUAGUGGAACUGUGUGUACCAGGAGAACAAGUUUCUGAAGGCUUGUAAAAGAUCGGGAGAGUGAGUUGGAAGAACGGAUUCCCCAAGCACUGGCCUAAAGAUGCCUGAAAGUAGCCUUUGGCUGUGAUUAGACAAGGAGCUGAUCGACGCGAUCCGGCGAGGGACUGGCGAAAAGAGGCAGUCACUUUUGUGAGAUUCUCUUCGGAUUGACAGGGGACAAUAUAAAUAUAAAUAUAUAUAUAUAUAUAUGUCACAGCCCCUCGUUUGUUGUCCUCUUCUUCUCCCUCUCUGCCUACGGUUUACCGGGCAGCUCUGUUUGACGAUAUAUAUGUAUAUGACAGUAUAUAUAUAAAUAUAUAUACUGUUUGACGAUAUAUACUAUUUACGUAAAUUGGACCCAGCACCGCGGAGUUGGGUUGGUAAUGUCAAUGGGCUUUUAGGACUCAGGCCUAGGGGAUUUGUUUCUGUUAGGUGUUUUCUUUGUCCGGAGGCAAUGGGGAAAAGCAAGAAACUGGUAGGGAGUCGAUGGGUGUUGUUUAGGAUUGUGUGCUAGUCAUGACCUCUCCAUAUGAGGGAACCUUUGUAUGUACAGGAGGGUGCGGGGGGAGGGGGACAAGGCCAAAGAGGAGGAAGAGGUGGAGGAGGAGGAGGAGGACGAAGAGGGGUAGGAGGAAGAGGAGGAAGAGGAGGAGGAGGAGGAGGAGGAGGAGGAGGAGGAGGAGGAGAUCCAAUAAUUGAAGUUAUAUCGUCGGGACUUUACUUAAAAGAUGGACUAUGCUCUUAUAUUUCAUGGCCAUGGUUAGUUGGGACGCGUGAAUAUUUACCAUGGUGAAUAUGUACUUGUUGAAGACGUAACUUGUUUCUUUUCGUUUCCUUUUUGCAUCUUCCUUUUGCGCGGAACUUUCCCUGACUGGGGGGAGUUGACUGUACCAAGCAACUCUCACCCUUGAUAUUUCGCCGUUUUCGUUUUCGUGUUCGUGGAUCGUUUUCCUGGAAUCUGAUUGUUAAGAUGUCACAUAUAUGCAUACGAAAAAGGCAAAUUUGAGCUUUUAUACUUUAUGUCAGUUUAUGAUGAAUUUGGUUUUGGCUGUAGCUAGCUAGAACAUGUUCUCUGGCCUUUGGGCAAUCAGUGAGGGUGGUGGGACGAGAGAGACAAGCCAACCUCGUCGCGUCGGACCCGAC